AUUUGUAUUUUUUUUUUUUUUUAUUUUAGCUGUCGAGCUUAACGGUUUUAUUUCGCUGCGUAUUUGGCAUCUCUAGAUCUAUGUCCAAUCGAUACAUGGCGCUCGUUCCCAGAUUUAACGGUAAGCAGAAGGCAUUCUGGGAUCCUCCGUUAAAACAACCUCCGGAAGACUUUCGACAUGGAACUGGGCGACUCCAAGCUGAAGGCGGUUCGCAUACUGGGCCAGGGAACCUUCGGCCGGGUGUUCCUCUGCUAUCAGCACGAGGGGCGCGGUCAGCCGGACCGGAGGGUGUGUGUCAAGCGGAUCAUCGUCCGGAACCCCAAAACCGAGCUGGGACUCAUCAAGGAGGAGGUGUACAUCAUCUCGCAGCUGCGCCACCCGCACAUCGUCGAGUUCCUGCGCUCCUUCAGCCACGCGGGCACGGUUAACAUAGUGAUGGAGUACGUGCCCAACGGCACCCUUAGGGAGGUUAUCCGGCAGCUGCCGGGAACGGGAGGCCUCCAUCCGGAGCGGCUGCUGCGCUACUUCCGCGACAUGGUCGUGGGCCUGGAGUACCUGCACAUCCGCUGCGUCAUCCACCGGGACGUGAAGCCGGAGAACAUGCUGCUCGACGCCAGCGACCGCGUCAAAAUCGCCGACUUUGGGAUCUCUAACGUGCAUGCGCCCAGCACUCAGCUGCAGGCGGGCCUGGGCACGCCCAUGUACAUGGCCCCGGAGGCGAUGUCCAGCCAGGGCAAGGUGGACUUCAAGUCGGACGUGUGGUCGCUGGGGCUGGUCCUCUACGAGCUGUGUCUCGGGCGCAGCCCCUUUGCCGCCCUGCUGGACCAAAAGGCCACUCUGGCCCAGUUGCACGCUGUAAUCCAGGCGCUGGCCCGUCCCCGGCUCGACUGCAUGCUCAUCCGGAGACUCCACGACCCCGUGUGGGCAAACCUCUGCGAGCUCAUGAUCGUAUACGAGCAGGAGUCCCGCAUGUGUGUGCCGGAUCUCUUUCUUGUGGACGCCAGGAUCACGGCGGCGCUAUACAAGCACUACUUCAACUACAGCUACUAGCGGAGAGAAGCCUUUGAUCCUCCAGAGCUGCACGGGAAAACCUUGAAAACGUCAUCUUAGUACUCUUAAAACUACCCUAGAUUAAGCAAUAAACUGUGUUCCUACAAAGGAUUUCCCAAAUUUAACAAUUAACAAUUAAAUGUCAAUAACAUAUCCUUUAAUUUCUGGUCUCUGUCUCUAACUUCAAAUGUAAUUUUUGUACUUUUAAGCCUAGGCUAAAUUAAGCAAUAAAAAAAGAUGUGAACUGUGA